CUGAAGUCAUAUGAUGCGGUUCCGCACAUCACAUUGCUGCUCACAGGUUUGGGUUUGAGCAUUAACAGCAGCCGGUGGGUCACUGUGUAGGCCUGUUUGAGCGAGCCUGAGAUCAUUAACAAUGGCACUGUCGUGGAUUGGCAUGCUGGUUGUGCUGCUGUUUUCUCUGACCUUUCACAAAGGUAGCUGUGUUCCAGUUCAAGCCAAAGAAUCAUGGGGAUAUGUGGAUGUCCGUGAUGGAGCUCAUAUGUUCUGGUGGUUGUACUACGCCAACAGCUCCAGUGCCAGUUAUAAAGAACUACCUCUGGUUAUGUGGCUUCAGGGAGGUCCUGGUGGAUCUAGCUGUGGUUUUGGCAAUUUUGAGGAAAUUGGACCUCUUGAUAGAGACCUGAAGCCGAGAGAAACCUCUUGGGUGCAAGCUGCCAGUGUGCUAUUUGUGGACAACCCAGUGGGCACCGGAUACAGUUACACAGACACUGAAGAUUUCCUCACCAAGGACGUUGCGAUGGUAGCAUCAGACAUGAUGGCCCUCCUCAAGAGCUUUUUCUCUCUAAAGACAGAGUUUCAAAGUAUUCCCUUCUAUAUAUUUUCGGAGUCUUACGGAGGCAAAAUGGCAGCAGCUAUUUCCCUCGAGCUCACAAAGGCAGUUCAAGCUGGUUCAAUUAAAUGCAACUUUGCUGGGGUGGCUUUAGGAGACUCCUGGAUCUCUCCUAUAGAUUCAGUCAUGACAUGGGGUCCUUAUCUUUACAGCACAUCUCUAUUGGAUGACAAUGGGCUGAAUGAGGUGACAAAAGCAGCAAAAGCAGUGCAGGACGCAGUAAACCAGGGCCUGUACCAAAAAGCCACUGAAUUGUGGUCCAUCACCGAGAACGUUGUGGAGCAGAACACAAAUGGUGUGAACUUCUACAAUAUCCUCUCUCAAGACUCUGAUGAGAUGGUGAAGACCAGUUCAAAUCAAGCCGUGGAUGGAUUUCUCUCGUUAUUGAAGCGGCGCCACAUUCGCCCUUUGCACCGUCAGUCCCUCUCUGACUUGAUGAACGGGCCAAUCAGACAGAAGCUUGGUGUCAUACCAAAGAAUGUCACAUGGGGAGGACAAGCUGAUGCCGUGUUUGUCAGCAUGGCAGGAGAUUUCAUGAAGCCCGUGGUGGACAUUGUGGAUCUGCUUCUGGCUGCAGGUGUCAAUGUCACCAUCUACAAUGGCCAGCUGGAUCUCAUCGUGGACACAAUGGGUCAGGAGUUGUGGGUGAAACAGCUGAAAUGGGAUGCACUCCAACACUUCAACAAGAUGAAAUGGACGGCACUGGAAGACCCGCAAACUGAGAGCCAAACUGGAGCUUUCUAUAAGACUUAUAAGAACUUUGCCUUUUACUGGAUCCUCAGAGCUGGACAUAUGAUCCCAUCUGACCAGGGACCAAUGGCUCUACGGAUGUUGAAGAUGGUGACUCGGCAGGAGUGAUCGAUCGAUCUCAUUCAGAUACAACCUGGCUUGUGAACCACUUUUAAACAAUCAACAGUUAUUUUACCAAAAUCUGACACUUUCUUUUUUCCCACUUAUUUUUCUUUUUGUUUGAGAUCUUAAUGUAAUCAUUUUACAAUGCGUGUCUUGUAAAAUUUGUAAAUUUGAAUGCGUACAAACAAUAAAGUCAUAAUUUUUUAUACA